CUUAAGCCGUCGCCGAGACGCAAAACUGUUUUACGUUUCAGUUGAGUUCCGAUAGUCGCUUGAGUAACACGUAAAAAACUUGUGAUUCUCCUCACUCACAAUUAAUAAAGUUUUCCCAUCGGGUGAAUCGAAUAAUCGAAUUGAAAAUAAUAAUAAUCGAAUUAUAACAUAAACAGUGGUAUUUUGGGUGUGGACCUGUUGAUACGUUGUGCACCGGCUGCUGGAGAAAGUCGAAUCAACUCUUGACUGACAAAUAAAAGAGUGAGAUGUCUUGAAUUGUUUUCGAAUGAGCCAAAGGAUAUUACGAGAUGGGCUACGGAACGGAAAUGAGCGGCUGUGGCCGGUUUAUGAAGUACUCACUAUUCUUCGCAAACUUCGUAAUUUUCAUCGGAGGAUGCGUGGUCGCCUGUCUAGCUGUAUGGGCAAUGAUUGACAAGAUCCCCUAUAUCAGCGAUAUAGUUGGAAAUAAUUUAUUAACCGGUGCUGUCUACGUUCUUCUUGCCGGUGGUAUAGUGGUAGCACUCGUCGCCUUCUUCGGCUGCAUAGGCGCAUCGAGGGAAGUGAAGUGCAUGCUUCUCACGUAUUUCAUCAUAGUACUCAUACUAUUUGUGACGAUAUUCAUUGGAGGAGUCCUCGCCUAUGUGUUUCGGGGAAAGUUACAUGGAAAGGUCGAGAUGGAAAUGAAAAAUUCGAUGGCGUUGUAUGAUAGUAAACCGUACAUGCAUGAAGCUUGGGAUACUACUCAGAGAUCGCUCCGCUGCUGUGGAACCAAGAGCUUCAGGGACUGGGGAGGUGUCGGUCUUCCUCUCCCACGCUCCUGCUGUCGGGAAGUGAGACCGGGAGAGUAUUUCCACUGCAAUGCAACGCCAGAAACUCCAAAUCAAUCAAAUACUUAUUUGAAUGGGUGUCUAACCACUGUCGAGAAGAAUCUGGAGAUGCAUACGAAGAUCAUCGGAGCUGCAGGAAUCGCAGUUGCCAUUUUGAUGUUAUUCGGCAUGAUAUUCUCCUGCGCACUUUUCCGGAAGAUCGAAUGACGGAGAGAGUUCUACGUACUUUAAGGAACGUGCGAGAAUUUCCUUGAAGCGUUAAUACAUCAAAAUGUCACGUGAGAAAAAAAUAUGAAACCGUUUUGCACUAUUUAACGUCAUUGAAAUCCCCAUUAUAAUCAUCCAUAACGUAUAAUUGAGGAAUUAUAACUGAUUGCAUAUGUUAAUAAGAAUCUCUCUAGUGUGUACCAUCAAAUUAUUUUAUGUAUUCAAUAUUACGAUAAGUUGCCUACUCAAGAUGUAGAAAAAAUGAUAUUAUUUUUUGUAUGAGGAAAUACUACAUUUUUCGAUCAUAAUCACUAGGUUUUUUUCAUGGUAACUGUGUGCAUUGAAAUAUACGUUAUUAAAUUUUUUAA